AUGCGCUCCACCGACCAUGACCCACCGCCCGACCACCUGGCGCUUCAACAACCGCGCAUUCGCAGUGGCAAUCCCGCACUGCGCGCUACUGGUCAGGUCCCAACGGGGCCGCAAUACAAUGAGCCGCCCCGGCGAAUUGUAGCUCCUCAAAGUCCAAAUACGGGCUUUGAGAAUGAUAUCAAAUAUGUUGAUUUUGGGCUCAACAAUAGAGUCCGAGAUAUGUAUAUUGAUGAUGGCGGAAUGCCUAGGAUUGAGGCCAAUGGGCUCUCCAAGCCCCAACUGGCGCAUCAAGGUGGCAGACCGCCGUCUUUUUCUACGGCCCCUCAACAAUUCGACCACGGGAUGGGGCCGAACUUCGGCCACCCGGGGGCUGUCCCGGCUGACCACAACAACAAAGCCGAGGUCUCUGACGACUUGGCCGGAAAAAUCAUCGACGGGGUUCUGGACCUCCAGGACGAGCUCGACGUCAGCACGCCGUUCACCGGGGAAACUGACCCCAUGAUCUCCGGAAAUUGCGUUUCUCCGGCGCAAAAAAUGAUGCGCCAGGGUUUCAAUGGAGUGGAACAACAAGUGAUCCAAAAGCAAGGGGCCGACGAGGAGGCGGACCAGAAGUUGGACGUCGAUGAGACGUCGGUCAUCAAGGCGGUAGAGUGGUGGGAAAACAUCGAAAAAAGCGACCUCGACGCGCACGGCAUCUGCGACGACGAUGAUAUUGAACUGCAUCAGGCUGCCGGCGAUGCUCAAGCCCAGGCCCCGAUGACGCAGUCCCAGCACGAAACUGGGCCUGUUGAGGGAAGCCUGGGCGGACAUCAAAUUGCUCAAAAUCAGGGUUAUGGAUAUGGCCAUGCUGCUAAUGGCCAAGUAUGGCCUCCAACUGCGCCGGGCAACCCCGGCCUGUACCACGUCAGCGACGGGUACAUGGGAAUGAACUCGUCCCGCACGCCUUCGCCGACUUCUUCGCCACCACUGUCUCCUCCAUGCGUAUCUCCCACGCAAAUCCAAAGCCUCGCUGGCGGCAUUGAGGAAUACGAGCCAUUCCCACGCUACAUCCAAAAAAAGGAAGUCGAUGUGAUCGCAAACACGCCACAACCGUCUCCGCCCCAGAAAAAAAAACGCGGAAGGCCGCAGAAAUACCCUUCGCCCGAGCCGAAAGGAACCGAAACGGUCAAGCAAGCCCGGACUAAGGAGACGCAGAAGCGCUAUGCCGGGAAGAAGAGGAGCAAGGAGGUCAAUCGGCGUCUCUUUGUAACCGCCUUGCAAGAACUGCGUUUGUCUGAUGCGGUUUGGCUCGACGUAGCCGUGCUGUUGAAGGCACAAGAGAAAUUGCAGCCCAGUAACAGGGAGGCCCGUGCGAAGACGACUUACCAGAAGGAUCCGGACCCGGAAAGGCGCAAGCGACAAAACAAAGAGGCACAGAGGAAAUCAAGGGAAGCCACGAAGAAGGAAGCCGAUCAUUUUGACCCAGAUGAAAACCCGAUGAUCCAGAUUCUAAUUUUUCUUUUAUUAUGCCCGAUCGCUACCGCAAAAUGGCCGACAGCAAAUACCGAAUAUGGAUCGAUAAGGGGUGAAUAUGCCGAGGCUUCCGGGCAACAGGCCGAAAUCUACAUCUCGGUCCCGUAUGCCAGGGCCCCAAUUGGAGAGCUCAGAUUCGAGCCUCCGAAAGAGCCGGAAAACUGGGAAACAGUACGCGACGCUACCCAAGAAACGAGUUGUAUCCAGUACCCAGGCCACCUCCUAAAAAAGCUUCCCCACGAAUCGGAAGACUGCCUGCACCUUAAAAUUGUGAUACCACUUGAUAAAAAACGAAGAAGACUCCCCGAGCCGCUGCCAAUUUUAUUCUGGAUCCAUGGUGGCUCGUUUUUGACAGGCGGAAAGCACAAUUAUAACACCACCGAUGUCAUCAAAAAUUUCUCAACUCGAAAACUGAUCACGGUUUUUGCGAAUUAUCGAUUGGGGAAUAAAGGCUUCCUCUCAAUGCGAAACCGCCAUUUCCCGGGCAAUUUCGGACUAGAAGACGUGCUGCUCGGUCUGAAAUUUAUACAUGAAAUAAACUCGGCGAUAAUUAUCACGUAUUGCAAUUGCACGGAGACUACGGCCCUAGAAGUCAAGGAAUGCAUGAAAAAGGCACCACCUACAUGCUUUCAAGAAGCCGUUCAACUAAUUCACGACGAGUUGCGGCAUGGGGAAAUGUUAAGCAAAUACCAUGAGUUAAUGGCGAUGGGAUUCACGAUUCUAACCCCGGUUCCGGAUGAAUUUAUCCGAAAUGAAGCCCACGAGACACUUAAUCAAGCUUUAAACUGGAAACCUCCGCCGCUUCUAAUUCUUGCAUCCACACGAGAAGGGCACGAAUUGGCAAAAGAUUAUCUAGAAAAGGUAUCGCUAGAAACGCUAAUUGAUUCGACGAUAUCACGAGGCACGCCCUCAGCAAAUGUGCUCAGAAAACUACUAAGACAAAGAUACCUACCUCCAAAUAAUCGUACUGGCGAUGCAGCAGUAAGCAGCUUAUCGCGUUUAAUCAUUGGUAAAGCCUUGGCCGAUUCUCAUCAGGAUGCCCUAUAUUAUUCCAAUAACUCGCGGGUCUAUGUAACGUUAAAAGAUUAUAAUCCAAAAAGCGGAGAGGCGGAAAACUUUACGAAUUUGGACGCGGCGGGCCUUUUCGACGGCCCGGUCCUGAAUGUUAUCGCCGAUUUUGCUAAAAAUGGG